AUGCGUAAACCAUUACAUAAAUAUGCAAUUGUCGAAGACCAUGUAACAACAAGAGACUUGCUAUCUGCCUUUGAAGAUGAAUGUAACCCUACAAUGAUCGACGCCCCAAAUCAGUACAUAGCAGAUGCGGAUAUAUCGAGUAACGAUGUUAGGCAGACCUCGGAUAUUGGGACAUCCUCUGGUCCACAACAUGGUCAAUACUGCGAUUUUGGUGAUGUAACAAAUAAAUGCGUCCAUUGUGGGGCUUUGUUUUGGUUUGAAGAAAGGAAGAAGAAUUUGUCAACAAAAGCAUCGCCACUGUUUAUGCUGUGUUGCAACAAUGGGAAGAUCAAGUUGCCGGAGAAUAAGUUGCCACCAAAAGGUAUAUUUGAUCUCUUUUUCGGCAAUGACGAAUUAUCAAAAGAAUUUUUACACAACAUUAGGACAUAUAACAACAUGUUCUGCUUCACAUCCACGGGAGGAAAAAUUGACAAGAACGUGAACAAGGGGGGCGCACCGCCAAUUUUUCGAUUAAGUGGUCAAAACUAUCACCUAAUGGGCACUCUACUUCCAGAACAAGGCAAAGAACCUCAUUUUGCCCAGUUAUACAUAUACGACACGGCAAAUGAAAAAAUCAACCGUAUAAAUGCUGUGAGGGGUAGUGGUGAGCAAGAUGACAUUCAUGUAGAAAUAGUGAAUGUCAUUCAGAAAGACCUCGAUGAAAAUAAUGUUUUGGUUAAGUCUUUUCGGAUGGCUAUGUCUGAGCUGGAUAUUAAUCCAUGCGCCGAAGUCAAAAUAAAGUUGUUGGGAAAACGAACUAGAGAUGAGAGGACAUAUAAUCUGCCGCAAGUUUCUGAAGUAGUAGCUUUAAUUGUGGGAGAUCUGGAUACCAGUAUUGGAGAGCGUGAUAUUAUUGUUCAAUCGAAGGGUGGCCACCUACAGAGGAUAAGUGAAUUAAAUCCUUCAUACUUACCACUGCAAUACCCUAUUUUGUUUCCAUAUGGCGAAGACGGUUAUCGGGAAGACAUUGCAUUCGCGAACUGGCCUGAGGUGCAACGCUUUUUAAAAGAUCAAAGGUUGAAGCCAGAAGAUCGGCCGGACAUAAUAUGCCGGUUAUUCAAGAUUAAGUUGGAUGCUUUGAUAGCUGAUUGUCGAAAGAAUAAACUAUUUGGCCCUGUGGCUGGAGUCAUAUAUACAAUUGAGUUUCAAAAGCGAGGUCUUCCGCAUGCUCAUUUAUUACUUUUUUUGGAGAAAAGUAAAGAAGUUAGGCAAGUUCUUACUCUAGACAACAUAAUUUGCGCAGAGAUUCCAGAUGAAAAGAAAGAUGCAGAGUAUUACCAAGCGAGAUUUGUUGAGAGUUCUACAUUUGAUGAAGAUGGUUACCCGGUAUAUAGAAGGAGAGACAAUGGCAGUGUAGUUACAAAGAACGGGAUCGCCUUGGACAACAGGUAUGUGGUACCGCACAAUAGAUAUUUAUUGCUCAAGUACAAGGCUCAUAUAAAUGUCGAGUGGUGCAACCAGUCACGGUCAAUCAAGUACCUGUUCAAGUAUGUUAACAAGGGUCAUGAUCGGGUGACCGCCGAAUUUUACAAAACAGGCAAUGAUGACGAGAAUGGCAAAGCAAUAGAUGAGAUAAAUAUAUACUAUGACUGUAGGUACAUAUCCCCGUGUGAAGCGGCUUGGCGUCUGUUUGGUUUUGAUAUACAACUUCGGGCGCCUUCAGUGGAAAGGUUAAGCUUUCACCUUCCUAAUCAACAGAGUGUGAUAUUUGCAGAUGAUGAUGCUGUUGAGAACAUUGUGAAUAGACCUACGAUAGCACAGAGCAUGUUUUUGGAAUGGUUUGAAGUAAAUAAAACAUACCCCGAUGCGAGAGAACUUACUUAUGUUGAGAUGCCAACACGAUUCGUUUGGAAGAAAGACCUUAGAAAAUGGCAGCCACGAAAGAAAGGGUUCAGAAUAGGACGUAUAUUCUAUGUCCCGCCAGCUACUGGUGAAAUUUUCUAUUUGAGGUGUUUGCUGAACAAAAUCCGUGGCCCUAAAAGUUAUGAAGAUAUUAGGACUGUAAAUGGGGUGCAAUAUGACUCAUUUCGAGAUGCGUGUUAUGCAAGGGGUUUAGUUGAUGAUGAUAACGAAUAUGUUGAUGCAAUAGAUGAACCCAGUCACUGGGCGUUAGCAGAUCAAUUGAGGAGAUUGUUUGUGACAUUGCUAAUGAGCAAUUGCAUGAGGAAACUGGAAAUAGUUUGGCAUGCUGUGUGGCAACAUCUAUCAGACGAUGCACAAUUCAACGUCCGUAAACAACUGCAGAACAGAGAUUUUGUGUUGACCGAUUCGCACAAAAUGAACUUUGCUUUAGUAGAGAUUGAGAAGCUAUUAUCUAAUCAUGGUAAGAGUUUGAAGGACUAUCCUGAAAUGCCAACGGCAAAUUUUGGUGCCUUAAACGUUAUUGCAAAUAGGUUUAUUCAAGAAGAAUUGGCAUACGAUUGUGGCGAACAGGAGAAAGAGAAUCAAGAAUUGGUAAGGCAGUUAACAGACGAACAAAAGGCAAUAUACAAUGAAGUGUUAACUGACCUUGAUCGCCAGGAAGGGGGGUUAUUUUUUGUUUUUGGUUAUGGAGGGACCGGUAUGACUUUCUUGUGGCGAGCACUUUCUUCCGCAUUAAGGUCUAAGAGUCAAAUAGUGUUAAAUGUUGCUUCUAGCGGCAUAGCUUCGCUUUUAUUACCUGGUGGGAGGACGGCACAUUCUCGGUUUGCUAUACCGAUAGCUGUUAAUGAAGAUUCCACAUGCAACAUACGUAACGGCAGUGAACUGGCAGAACUACUUGUGCAAACCAAGUUGAUAAUAUGGGAUGAAGCCCCAAUGAUGCAUAAAUUCUGCUUUGAAGCUCUUGACCGAACUAUACGGGAUUUGAUGCGCUUCAUAAAUCCAAGGAGUUCUGAUAUGACAUUUGGUGGUAAAACAGUUGUUUUGGGGGGCGAUUUCAGGCAAAUUUUACCAGUCAUUCCAAAGGGUACUAGACCGGAUAUAGUUCGAGCAAGCAUUAGCUCAUCCUAUCUCUGGAAAUCCUGUAAAGUCCUAAGGCUUACUAAGAAUCUACAUUUGAAAAGUGUUCAAUCAGAAAACGAGUGCAAGGAGAUCGAGGAAUUUGCAAAAUGGAUAACUAAUAUAGGUGACGGAAUUAUUGGGUGUAAACUUGAUGGGGAGUCCGAGAUUACUGUUCCAGAAGAUUUGUUGUUGAAGUGCGUAGAUGACCCUAUUGCUACAAUUGUUGAUAGCACUUUCCCUAAUUUCCGACUGGGAAUUGCCGAUUUGUCAUAUCUUAAUCAUAGUGCAAUUUUAGCUCCAACAUUGGAUGUGGUAGAUGCCGUUAACCAAUACAUGAAUGAUCAUAAUCCGGCUGAGGGUAAGACAUACUUGAGUUGUGAUUCUGUGUGUAAGUCAGAUGCAAAUGUUGACAUGUUAGCGGAUUUGCACACUCCCGAAUUCUUGAAUGCCUUGAGAUGUUCUGGAGUACCAAAUCAUGCUUUGACAUUGAAAGUUGGAUCACCUGUUAUGCUAUUGCGAAAUAUUGAUCACACACUAGGAUUAUGCAACGGUACAAGGUUGAUUGUUACAAGGUUACCCUGUUACCUAGAUGACAUGGCUCCGGUUAAAAUUGACGUGGCAGCUGAUUAA